AUGUCAGUUGGUACCCGACCUGAUGUCGGGCAUAUUCGGUACCAACGAGACAAAGGCGUCCGCCAGGACCGGUGGCCCGAAGCGAGGACCGGUCUACAACCAGGCGCACAUGGCACCCUUGCAGCCACUGACCAGAGACGCAUCCGCUGGGCCGAUAUUCCAGCGCCAUCGCUGUCCAACGAGGCCUGCCACAAAGCAGCCAGCCCAUGCGCCCAUCCUCUAGCCUUCAAGUUCGAGACGGCCUGUCGUCUCAUCUCGCUCCGCGCCGCGGCCACCGCACCCUCGCACCAUCGCACCCUCCGCAUUUCGCCUCCUCCCAGCAGUGCGCGCCGCCAUGCAGUGACGCUGCAGUGUGACCUUGGGCUCGGCUUUCGUCAAUCGUCUUCACGUGUGUACAUGUAG